AAGAGGCGGAGAUGGAGAAGGAGGACGAGGGGGGCUGGCGAAGGGCCGGGAAAGGAGCAAAGGCUGGGGCCGCGCUGAGCUGUUCUGGCAGCUGCUGCUCCUCGCUGGCCAUGGCUGUGAAAGACCCCACAGCAGUGGAACGAGCAAAUUUAUUGAAUAUGGCUAAACUGAGUAUCAAGGGGCUCAUUGAAUCUGCUCUGAGCUUUGGACGAACUCUUGAUUCUGAUUAUCCACCUUUGCAACAGUUCUUUGUUGUUAUGGAGCAUUGUCUGAAACAUGGCCUUAAAGUAAGAAAAUCUUUUCUAAGUUACAAUAAAACGAUCUGGGGCCCUUUGGAGCUUGUCGAGAAGCUGUACCCAGAAGCUGAGGAGAUAGCUGCCAGUGUGAGAGACUUACCUGGUCUCAAGACUCCAUUGGGACGUGCUCGGGCUUGGUUACGAUUGGCACUGAUGCAAAAAAAGAUGGCAGACUAUCUGCGAUGUCUCCUCAUUCGGAGAGACCUUCUCAGUGAAUUUUACGAAUAUCAUGCCCUGAUGAUGGAAGAAGAAGGAGUCGUCAUUGUUGGAUUGCUUGUUGGCUUAAACGUAAUAGAUGCCAACCUGUGUGUGAAGGGAGAAGACUUGGAUUCACAAGUUGGCGUUAUUGAUUUCUCUAUGUAUUUGAAGAGUGAAGAUGAUACUGAAAGCAAAGAAAGAAAUGACCAUAUUGCUGCUAUAUUGGAUCAAAAGAAUUAUGUUGAAGAAUUAAACCGACAGCUGAAUAGCACAGUCAGCAGCCUCCACACACGUGUCGACUCAUUAGAGAAGUCAAACACUAAGCUAAUUGAAGAGUUAGCAAUAGCCAAAAAUAAUAUAAUCAAACUUCAAGAAGAAAACCAUCACUUAAGAAGCGAGAAUACCCUCAUUUUAAUGAAAACACAGCGGCAUCUAGAGGUGAACAAAGUGGAUGCUGAAGCAGAACUCCAGACAUACAAACACUCCAGACAGAGCCUGGAUGAGAUGUACAAUGAAGCACACAGACAACUUCGGGAAGAAUCACAAUUGCGACAAGAUAUAGAGAACGAGCUGAUGGUCCAAGUUGGCAUGAAGCACGAGAUAGAACUUGCCAUGAAGCUGCUGGAGAAAGACAUCCAUGAGAAACAAGAUACCCUUAUAAGUCUGCGGCGACAAUUGGAGGAAGUCAAAGCAAUAAAUGUAGAGAUGUACCAAAAGUUGCAGGGAUCUGAUGAUGCCCUGAAAGAGAAGAAUGAAAUAAUGGGUCGUCUGGAGGAUAAAACUAGUCAGAUCGCUGCAACUAUGAAGCAACUGGAGCAAAGGGGUCAGCUAGAGACAGAUCUGAAAAUAGAAAGAGAAUGGCGACAAACCAUGGAAGAAGACAUUAAAAAGGAAAAAGAAAUGUCAUCUUCCUUGAAGACGGAGACCCAGCAAAUCAUUCCACUUAAAAAAGAGUUCCUAAAGUUACAGGAAAAAAACAAGCAGUUGAAAAGUCUGUGCCAUGACCAAGAAGAAGCUCUCCAAGAACUAGCCGGCAAACUGAGCGAGUCCAAGCUUAAAAUAGAAGAUAUUAAGGAAGCAAACAAAACGCUACAGGGGCAGGUCUGGCUAAAGGACAAAGAAGCUACUCACUGCAAAUUAUGUGAAACGGAGUUUUCUCUAUCCAAAAGAAAGCAUCAUUGUAGGAACUGUGGUGAAAUUUUUUGUAAUGCCUGCUCAGACAACGAACUGCCUUUACCAUCUUCGCCAAAGCCUGUACGGGUCUGUGAUUCCUGUCAUGCGUUGCUCAUACAGAGGUGCUCUUCUAAUGUGCCAUGAGUGUCAUUUGCAGAUUUACAAAACAUUGUACUUCCACUACAAUGGUAGAUACCACAAGUGUGGCUGUAGAGUUGUGCAACACUGGCUAACGCUCUUGCAUAUUCCAAAUCAUCUAACCACCCAGUCUGAAACCAUUGUGAUAGUCCUGCAGUGCCAGCAUGAGGUCAGUUUGUAAUGCUGUGCCAACAGAGUAAUUGGCAUGACUCAUCUUAAGAAUGUAUUGGCCAGUGCAACACAUUUUAUGGUUGGUCCUCAAGGAUAUAGGCAUGACUUUAUAUAUUCCAUACAGCUGCUGUUUUUGCUGUUCAAGCGGACCAUUUAGUGCAGAACUGUGCUUCCUUGGCCUUUGCUUUUAAAAAAUUCCUAGCUUGAGAGUAAGCUGGCAGUGGCUGGAGCUCAGAAACCAGAGGAGCUCGAUAAGGGUUCAAGUAUUUUGCACUGAGAUUCAGUAUCCGGUGUACAGCUUUCUAUCUAAGAUUAUCUGAAAUGCUUCACUGUGGACACAAGUAAUUUUGCAAAUUAAAUAUAAGCAAAUGAAUCUAGCUGACCUAAUAUUUGUUGGCAGUACUUGGUUUUCUGUGGUGUAGAAUUUGGCAUGUAGACCUUCAAUUAAUAAUCUAGCAAAUUUUGACUCUCAGGAUUGCAGUUUUUGAUUGCAUCUAUUUCUGUACAGAUAAAGGGGAGACAUAUCUGACAUAGGAUGGGAACUGUGCUUGACAUGGAGGCUCCAGGUACCUGGGGGGCCCACCUUAAAAAGAGGCCUGCCAACAUCCCUGGGUGACAAUUUGUGUGGGGGAAGAUAACUCCCCAGCCUGCACAAUGCACUGAGUGUAAAGGGGAAAAAGGGAACAAAGUUUGGAGAAGGCCUGGACUGAAAUCCCUGCACUGACUAGGAGCUCAGCUAAGGGAACACAGAAAGAUCCAUAAUUAUUUAACAAUUUCCCCUCAGCUUUGAAGCUAAGGGGUAAGAAUGUUGGGAACUUUUUGUACCUAGUUGGGAUCUAGUCCCUAGUAUCUUCCCCCAAUAAUGAAUCAGUUAUAUACUGCGGAAGGUUAGCUAAAGGACACUAGAUGAAUUUAUUGAGGUUGAUUGACUUAGACUAUUGCUAGCAGAUAUGUAACUGGGAAGUAGCUUGUACUGUCAGUUAAGAGUUCUGCACCCAUUGCUAUCAGGUUGAACAGCAAAAGGGAGGCAUAUAGGAAAAUGCGGGUAAUCAAGACACAGGAAAGAUUAGAUAAUUGUUUCAAUUAUUUAUGUGUACAGCAAAAUUUCUAAAGCAUACGAAUUCUUAAGAUGUCUAGCACAAGGGAAAAAAAUUCUAAUUUGAAAAUGAAGGUACUUCAACACUUUACAGAGGCAGUGUAACAUUCUCUGUUUUUAUGGAAGUAAUUUUUAAAAGACUGGGAUAUGUGAAAGUAUCAUUAUCCACAAGACCAGUAUGUCCAUGUUGUGCUAAUGCCUUUAUUAAUAGCAGUUUAUAAG